AUGAUUAGAAAUGACAGUACAACUAGAAUCUCAUCAAAAUCAUUACCAAAAUUAAAUCGAUCAACAACAACUUCAACUUUGCUAUUUUUAGUAGUGGUAUUCCUCUUAUCGAUAACAAUCAACAACAUUAAUGUAGUCAAUGGAGAACAUUAUAUUGUUGAAUGGAAUAAUCCAGUUGUAUCAAAUCUAACUAUAUCAGUUGGAGAUACAGUAACAUGGAUUACAUCGGAUAUGGAAAUGAAUACUGUAACAUUAAUUGAAAGAAUCCCUAUUUAUCUUGAUCAUGACAAUCAAGUUACUUUUGAAAAUCCAAAAUUGAAAUAUCAAAAGGAACAAUUACAACUACAACAGCAACAACAAACGCAAACGUCAGAUCAAAUGACUACUAACCAACAACUACUACUACUACAACAACAAAAAGAAAAAGAAAAGGAACAAAAGGAAAAAGAUCAAAAAUAUAGUUAUUCAUUUGAUUCUCCCAUUUCUUUUAAUAAUCCAAAAUAUCAUCAACAACCACAACAACAAACGGCGGCUUCAUUACAACAACUAUCACAACAACAACAACAACAACAAACUGUAAUAUUACAACAACAACAACAAGAACAAUCAAAUUUGGUUAAUCCAAGUUUAAACUUGCAUGAAACUCCAACACGCAGAAGAUAUUCAUUCACAUUUACUCAAGAGGGACUUUACCUUUACUCUUCAAAAUAUAAUCCAGAAACCAUGCAAGGAACUGUUCAAGUUUUACCAAUUGUUUAUGAUCCAGAUGCAAAUUCCAGUUCCAAACAAUCAUUAUGGAGUUUAUGCUUUGCAUUUUUCAUUGGUCUUUUAAUGUUUUUCAUCUUUAAUUAA